AUGACAGGAAGCAUCUUCUCCCUGGCCCAGUGCACGCGAUUCGACCUCUCCUACGCUGCCCUACAACUUUCCAAGGCCUGCAGCAACCCAGCGCAGGUGAGCAUGACAGCAGCCAAGCACGUGCUGCGAUACCUUCGGGGUAAUCCAGUUCUUCCUAUCGUCUACAAGAGAGGACAGUUUCGGCUAGCGGCGUUUACGGAUUCAUCCUUCGGAGCAAACCCCGACAACGGAAGAUCUACCACGGGAUAUCUCUUCUUUCUGGCUGGAGGACUCAUCAGCUACGGUGCGAAGACUCAAACUCUAACCGCGCAAAGCACGGUCGAAGCCGAGAUUCAAGCACUUAGCUACUCAGCCAGAGAGGCGGUCUACAUCUCAAAUUUUAUGACGGAACUCAACUUCAAGACCUUCGGAUCGGUUCCCAUCAACAGCGACAGCACCGGAGCGCUGACAGUGGCCGGGAAUGCCAUGCACUCUCAACGCACGAAGCACGUGGCCCUGAGGUACUUUUUCAUCCGGGGGCUAGUACUACGAGGACAAAUCACUCUUCACCACCGGCCCAGCGAGCACCAGUUGGCUGAUAUCGCGACCAAGUACCUCCCAAAGCGCCGAUUCGCCUCCAGCAUUCACCAGAUCAAGGACUUGUCGUCUUGAUCGAAGAUCUGUGAAGCUUACUUCCAUACCCGCCAUACCAGAAGGAUAUUAUUUUCGAUACGAUGCCAACGGAGGGGUCGAGGUAGACAAGCAUAUGGUGAUGCCGUCGACCAUUGUGAAUUGGUUGCUUGAUC